CAUCUGACAUUAAAGCUCAGCCUUUGCAGCAUGGCAGGAGCGGAGCCGCACAGCCGCGACAGCGCCGGGAUCUGACCGGAGCUCUUUGUUGGUCCUCAGAAAGACUGUGAGCGAUAUGAUGAUGGAUACUCUUCAUGUCAGGGACUGACGGACACGCCUGCAGUAAGCUGUAAGAGGAGACACUUCUGUGCCAUUAGUGGUGAGCUGGCAACAUGACCAAGGAGGAGGAGAUCCCUGACUGGGUGGGAGCCAAGGAGUUCUACGACAAGUAUGAGCCCAAGGAGAUUCUGGGAAGGGGAGUGAGCAGUGUGGUGCGUCGCUGCGUCGACAAGCGGACGUCUCAGGAGUAUGCGGUGAAAAUCAUCGACAUCACUCCCUCCGACAAGAUGACGCCACAGGAGAUCGAAGAGAUCAGAGAAGCGACAGUGAAGGAGAUCGACAUCCUCAAGAAAGUCUGCGGACAGGACAACAUUAUUCAGCUCAAAGACUGCUAUGAGUCCAAGGCCUUCUUCUUCCUGGUUUUUGACCUAAUGAAGAGGGGUGAACUUUUUGACUACCUCACAGAGAAAGUUACUCUGAGUGAGAAGGAAACACGGAAGAUCAUGCGUUCUUUAUUGGAGGUGGUCCACUUUCUCCACGCCCAGAACAUCGUUCAUCGGGACCUGAAGCCUGAAAACAUUCUUUUAGAUGACUACAUGAACAUCAAACUCACUGACUUUGGUUUCGCUGUGCAGAUUCAGCCAGGACAGACACUCAAAGAGGUUUGUGGGACUCCCGGUUACCUUGCUCCCGAGAUCAUCGAGUGCUCUAUGGAAGCAGAACAUCCAGGAUAUGGCACAGCUGUGGACAUAUGGAGUUCAGGUGUCAUCAUGUACACGCUGCUCGCAGGCUCGCCACCCUUCUGGCACAGGAAACAGAUGCUGAUGCUACGCAUGAUCUUGGCGGGGAGCUACGACUUCUCCUCUCCUGAAUGGGAAGAUCGCUCAGACACUGUCAAAGAUUUAAUCUCUCGGAUGCUGGUGGUGGAUCCAAAGAAGCGUUUCACGGCUACAGAUGCUCUGAACCACUCGUUCUUUUCACAGUACGUGGUGGAUGAAGUACGACAGUUCAGUCCGUUCAGGCGCUUCAAGGUCAUUUGCUUGACUGUUCUCGCCACAAUGAGAAUCUACUGCAGUUACCGCCGUGCCAAGCCCAUCACCAAAGAGGUGAUCAAGAGCGACCCAUACGCCAUAAAGCCCAUCCGGAAGCUCAUAGAUGCUUGUGCCUUUAAGAUCUAUGGCCACUGGGUCAAGAAGGGCCAAACUCAGAACAGAGCAGCACUUUUUGAGAACACUCCCAAAAUCAUCCUGCUGUCGAUCGCUGCUGAAGCAGACGAGCCCAUUCAGCACAUCUGGUAAUAAGCAGUAAGGACUGACCUACUGAGCUUUACAUGGGGAGACACUUCUAUUUCUUUCCCCUGUCUAGAAAUCACCUGGUAAUAUAUAACUAAUUUAUGCAUAAUUUGCAAUCAUUUUCAAAAGCAUUUAUAGUUACUUACAGUGGGAUUGAUUUACCCCAAGGACUGAAAUAUGUGGCAAACUUUCAACAAUGCCACUGUUAACAUUUUGCUUGCUUUGUUCUAAAAGUGUACUUAACCCACUCUCAGCUGUAUAUCCUAUAAAAGCAUCGCUGUUCUCCUUUCAAGAGAUUGUACCCUCUCAAAUGUUAGCAAAAACUGCUUUUCAGCACUGCAUGGUAAUCUCCGUGCCUUCAUAUGCUAAUGUUAAAACUAUAAAUAGAUUCUAAAGUGUGAGGAGGAAAGCAGAGUUCAAUUAUUGAGCAAGUUGUUACUCUGUAUUGUGAAGCAUCAGUUGCAGAACUUGUGGGAAUGACCUGCAGUUUGUCUGAAUAUAUAAAUAUAUAUGCGUACUUACAGUUUGAGGACUGUUUGGAUAUUUAAGCAAUAUGCAGGGUAUACUGUAGGGGCAACAACUCAAGGGAUAUUUAAAUUGUGAUAAAACUUUAACUUGUAUGCUACAAAUGUAUUUAUUAAAACAAUUUCAUGUAAAACCCCAAGUCCUGCAAAUGGAAGGCUACUUUAACUCUGUGAUUCUGUACUUUGUGUCUUUCUGCAACAUCUUCAAGCCUGAAGUAAAACACUAACACAUGGACA